CACCAAACGGCCAUCAUCUUAACCCAUCAUUCUCUUAUCUGCUUUGGCUGUAUUUGUGGAUUGUGUCGAAUUGAGUUUCUUAGAUUUUACUCUGGCCAUUAGUCUGGUUGUGUGCCAGCUCAUAUAGCAUCUUCUCCUCUUUGCCUCUAUCACUCUUAGAAUCUCUACAUCAUGUCUCGCAGUGGUACCACUCUCUAUGUCACCGGCUUUGGCCACGGAACUCGUGCACGAGAACUUGCCUACGAAUUCGAACGAUAUGGCCGCCUUGUUCGGUGCGAUAUUCCGGCUCCUCGGACUGCUGCUAGUCGUCUCUUUGCGUUUGUUGAGUAUGAGAGCCGACGCGAUGCAGACGAUGCUUAUCACGAAAUGCACAACAAACGUAUUGGUCGGGACGAUGUUUUGAAGAUCGAGUGGGCUCGUACACCGCCUUCUGCGUCGUGGCGUUUUGAUUCCGGUCGCGAUCGACGCCGUGAUCGCACUCCACCCCGUCGAGUGCGCUCGCCUUCUCCUCGCCGUGGCAGAGGUGACUAUUCUCCCCGCAAGGAAGAUCGUCGUGAUCGCGAUUACGACCGCAGAGAUCGCGAUCGCUCUCGGAGCCCCGAUGACCGUGAUCGUGAGCGUGAUCGGGACCGCGAGCGUGAUCGUGAGCGCGAUCGGGACCUCAGAGACGAUCGCGAUAGGCGAGAUGAAGAUCGCGAGAAUGGGACAAAUGGUGAUGACAGGAAAGUUCCCUUGGAUUCUCCCACCCCUGCUCAUGACGAGCUAGAUACUGCUGAGUAGGUCAAGCCGGUUAAACGGUAGUUGUGCCCUAGUUCCUACCGAGGGUCAUUACUCCUGUGCACGCGUCUCUAACCCAAUCACCGACUUUGAACGAUGAUUCAACCAUCCUCGGCGCACAUUCGUGGAAGGAUAUUGAAAUAUUACCGUCGUAUCCAAUAAAGGUCAUGCCCCAGUUUCUUUCCCUAUUCGCUUCGAGCAGUCUGUCUCAUUCUCCUUUCCUGCGUUUGUUUUUAUGUUUGCUUGCCGGUUAUUACACGUGGCAUAUUUCUUCCAAGCCAAAGAGCUCGGUAGUGUAGGUCUUCUCCCAUUCGGUGGUAUACAUUUAUUGAAAUAGUGAUAUUUCCGACGGGUUUCUCGCGAAAUAUCCGUCUUUAUCCCUCGCCCGCGGCCCUAUCGUCGUCGAUGCUUGUUGUCCGUCCUAACUGUCAUUCUUUGGGUGUGAAUCAUCAAUGGCGGUUUGUCUUCUUAUCUAUGUGUUUUUGCUCUGUUUCAUCUAGUCGUAGGAUUUAAUUGUUUUCGGGCUGAAAAUUGUCAUACCCAUGCGUACUGCACAUUUCUCUCUAGAGCCGACCUUAGCUGGCCUGCAUCACCUCUUUUAGACAGCUCUGGAUGGAUGUCGAGUCAGUGGGUACUACGUACUUUGUUCUCUGGAGUUACUCUUUGAAUCUUCCAUACAG